CAGGGAGUUUGUUUUGUUCUGUUUGGACUAUUCCAGUCAUACGGCUUGCAAUGGGAAGUUUUGACAUGCAGAUUAUUUAAUGAAGACCUCGGGGACGUCGUAACUAAACCAAGAUACCCGUUUCCCGCACAGGCUGAGCGGAUGGAUCGCGGAUGAUGUGGAUGUGACGCUGGAUGGAGUCCAUGCCCGGAAGCAGUGGAACCUACUGGCCUUAAUUUUAAUGGGGCAGGCGUGGCUUGCUAAAUAUUUACGACUCAGCCAUCCUGAAAUGUAUGUUCUUGCUGCGACCACGUUGACAAACACAAGCCACUCUCCAGAAUGGACAGGGGCGAUUUGGGCUUGACACAGUGCGAGCGCCCACCACUCUCGGCUGAGAACGCAGCCGCCACCGAUGGAGAUGUGGGUGAAAGUGACGAGAAUGUGGAGCGAGGCAACUGGUCCUCGAAGACCGACUACCUGCUCUCAGUGAUCGGCUGUGCUGUGGGUCUGGGCAACGUCUGGAGAUUCCCUUACCUGGCGUACAAGAACGGAGGAGGUGCGUUUCUUAUUCCUUUUGGAGUCAUGUUGGCACUUGCAGGAAUGCCCAUGUUUUUCUUAGAUUCUUCCUUUGGGCAGUUUUCCAGCAUGGGACCUGUUGGAGUGUGGAAAGCCGUGCCAAUUCUACAAGGUGUGGGGAUCACUAUGGUCCUUUUUGCGGCAAUUGGUGUAAUUUACUACAACUGCAUCAUCGCCUACAGCCUGUUCUACCUGUUUGCUUCCUUCCAAUCCCCGCUACCGUGGUCAGACUGCUUUAGCUGGUGGGGUGCGGAUGAAACCUGCAGCCGGACACCCAGAGAUCCCCUCUGCAACCUCACUCUGGACGGCGAGUAUUCUGGAAUCGUUAAUACAACUUGGCUGCAGGCAAACAACAAAACCUGUUCCAAUGAAUCAGAAAUCCAUGUUCCUCACCAGGGUCCAAGCGAACAAUACUGGGAUAAAGGGGUUCUACAACGGUCAACGUCAAUAGAUGAGAUGGGAGAGAUUGUUUGGAACCUGGCUCUCUGUCUACUUCUAGCCUGGUUCAUCAUCGGGGCCUCUCUGUCUCGAGGAAUCAAAUCUUCAGGAAAGGUCUGGAAAGAUGCAGCAACACAGAUUUUCUUUUCGCUUUCAGUGGGUUCCGGCAGUCUAAUAACCCUAUCAUCCUACAACAAAUUCCACAACAACUGUUACAGAGACACCAUCGUUGUCUGUGUGGUGAACUGUGCCACGAGUGUGUUUGCCGGAUUUGUCAUCUUCUCCGUCCUGGGACACAUGGCUCACGUACAGGAUAAGCCUGUUUCAGAAGUCGCUCAGUCAGGUUUCGGUUUGGUUUUCAUUGCCUACCCAGAGGCUCUUGCGCAGUUACCAUGGGCUCCUCUAUGGUCCGUUUUAUUUUUCUUCAUGCUGAUCACGCUGGGACUCGACACUCAGUUUGCCACUGUGGAAACAAACAUAACAAUUCUGCUGGACAUGUUCCCUUCAUUUCUUCGGACAAAGCGCCUUUCUUUGACGAUCGCCAUUUGUUUGUCAUUCUAUGUCCUUGGCCUUGUAUAUGUGACACAGGCUGGGAUUUACUGGAUCAACUUACUUGAUCAUUUCUGUGCCGGGUGGAUUCUCAUUACAGCUGCUCUUCUGGAACUCAUCGGCCUGGGCUGGAUCUAUGGGGUGAACAGAUUCAUCAGGGACAUUGAGACGAUGAUUGGGGAGAAGGAUUGGAUGUUCUGGCUGUGGUGGAGAGUGUGCUGGUGUUUUAUCUCACCGUGCUUGUUGGUGGUGGUCUUAGCUUGGUCUUUGGUCACAUUCACCCCACCAACAUACGGACUCAUCGAGUACCCCACCUGGGCAAUAGCUCUCGGCUGGUGUACAAUCAUCUUCUGCAUUAUGUGGAUCCCCAUCAUUGCCAUUGUGAAAGUUGUCCAAGCUGAGGGCUCCACAUUGUACCAGAAGAUUUCUGCUGCUUGUGUGCCAGCACCUGAUUGGGGUCCAUACUUGGAACAGCACAGAGUGGAAAGAUACAGAAAUAAUCCAGAUUUGCAGAAGCUCUAACAGUGUUAUACCUCUUGCUGCAUUUAAGACAUGAAAAUUUAAGGCAAAUUUUCUGUUUGCAUUGACCUUGAAAUUCACAUCAUAAAUUAAGUGGAAGGUCUUCACAACAGAUUAUUAUUCUACUG